GAUUACAUCCGUGCUGGCGAAUAUUCCUGGGCAUCUACCCUGGAGCAGCGCUGGCUAGCGCGUGAUGGCGGAGCACAUUCCGUAAGGCCCGAAACACGGUUUCGGGAGCCUUCUCUUUGCUCUCAGCUUGCGGGAGCCUGGGCGCGAGCGGGACGCCUCCAGGAGGCCGAAAUGUGGCUGUCCUGCACAGACAUCGAGAAAGUGGAUCGUUGGGCCUUGGUCGCCUUUGUCCGUGCCUGCGUCGAGAGCGGCGAGCUCCAGAUCGCAGACAACUGGACCAGGAAGCUUCUGAAGAUCGCGGACAGCGGCAAGCUGCAGAAAAUGGGACGUAGAAGGAACGGCAGAGCCGGUGCCGUGGAUUCGGAUUCUGCGAGCCGCCAGAAGGAGGCGGAGGACAACCUCGUGGCCUUGGUCGCCGCCCGGGCGACCUUAGCCAAAGGGGCCGAGAUUGAAG